AUGGAUGAAUCAUUUCUUGACGACCAGGGAUUUUUUCCUUUGGAUCCAACAGCAGCCCAAGACGCCAUGGCGACCCGCUAUACGCAGCGAUAUGUGGACCAGCAGCGGAUGGAGGCGCGGCGCGCUGAAGUCCAACGCCAGGACCAGCUUCAAUCCUUGCGCAUUGAUACCGUUCUCAAUGCCAACGCUGCCAGUGAUGAACGCGUAGAGGCCAAGCGCCGCGCACGCCUCAUGGCUGAGCUGCAACGCGAGCGCGAGCUUGAAGAUCGCAUCAUCAGCGAUCAGCAGCGCCGUGAAGAUCACGCUCGCAUGCAGGAGCAAGAGGAACGGUUGGCCGCCGAGCUUUUGCGCAUCGAAACAGAACGCGAGCGGGAUGCGCGCUAUCGCCAGCAGCUGCGCGCCACUGAUCCCGAGCUUCGCGAGCUGGAGCGCAAGCUCAAUGCAGCCUACGUCACCAAGGAGCGCCAUCAACAGAUUGUGCAUCAACAGGGCAUGACCGCAACUGCCCGACUUGAGGAUCUGGAAAUGGCCCGCAUUGAACGCGAACUCCGGGAACAGGCCGAGGCCGAAGAGCGUGAACAGGAACGAGCGCGAUGGGAGGAACAGAAAAAAUAUCAGUCAGAGUUGGAGGAGCAACUUGAGGAUCAAGAGGCACGAAAGCUCAAGGCUUAUGAGGAGUUUCUCAAGGAGAAACUUGUCAUUGAUGAAAUUGUCCAGCGUAUCUACGAGGAGGAUCGCCAAGUGGCACAAGCUCAAAUGGAGAAGCAGCGUGCCGCCAAGAGCGAGAUGGACGACUUUAUGCGUCAACGACAAGCAUGGCAGCGUUAUGAGGAGGAACAAAUGCGUGAAGAGAAUGAGCGCAUUCUCAAGCACGCCCAUGAGAAGCAAGAACAAGAGCGUGAGCGUAUGCGCGGGUUGUUGGAGCGUGAGGAGCAAAAGGAGCACUUGCGCGAGCAAUUGGCCGACAAGCUUCGUCGCGAGCGCGAAGAGCAAGAGGAAAUGGAUCGUAUCCGCCUCGAACUGGCCGAGGAGGAGAUGCGUGAUCGGGAACGUCAGCGUGAGCGCAUGGAAACUGAGCAACGCAUCCGUCAGCGCCUGGCAUUGCAGCAAGCGGCUGAAGAAGACCUGGCUGCCAAGGCAGCGCGGUUGGAGCGCGAACGCGCAGAGGAAGAAGCCUUCCGGGUUGCCAUGCUGGAAAAGUUUGCGUUGGAUGAUCGCCUGGAGCAGAUGAACGCCCAGCGACGCCGCAUGAAACGCCAGGAGCACACGCGUGCAGUCGAGGCGUUGAUCGAAGAGCGCCGUGCUCGCAAGGAGUUUGAACGUCAACAGGAGCAGCGCCAGGAUAUGACGAUGCGACAGGCUGAGGAGGCUCGCCGUCGUGUCAUUGAGGAGGAGCGCCAGCGCUUGCUGGCUGAGCAUGCCACCAAGCUCUUGGGCUUUUUGCCAAAGUCUGUAUUCCGAGGCACCGAAGAGGCUGCGCAACUGGGUCCAGAGUUUGCAGAGACGUACUCGCGGCGGCCACAGCAUGACAUGUAUGAUGCGUAUUAGUGAGCGUGACUGAACCAGGCAGCUGAAUGGACUCAUUCUUUUCAAGUGUCUUUUGUCGUUUAUUUGUCCUUUGUCGAGGCCCUGCUUCCACUGUUUCCUUUUUUUUUUUUGCUAUAACUGUCUUCGCUUGAAGCGAUUUACCCCGAACAUGGACGCCCACGCCCGCUUACAUGUGUAAGCGAGGCGGAGGGUGAAGCCCGCCGGACGAGGCCGUCUGUGCCGGGGGUCGAUGGUGUGUUGUUUCUUUUAUCUCUUCACUGCUUGCUGGCAGCCUCGGCUGCAAUUGAGGGAGGGACGCU